CAUGUGACACGAAAGCUGACCGGCCCCCCUCCAAUUCCCAUGGAUCGGAUAACACAGCCUGUUUGCUGUACUGCUCCUAGUUGUUAGCCUAUAGCACCGCUACAAACUGCGGCUGCCGAGCACACCGGGGUUACUGUGACCAUUUCACAUUUCGAUACACCGCUAUAAUAUUAUUAUCCCUUUAUUAGCCUCGGUUGCAGCUUCGUUUUAUAUCCAGAAUAAGGGUGAAAAAUGCCCUUAGCAGAGACGUCUGCGCUUCUUCUCGUCUCCUGUCGCGGGGAGUAAACCGGGAUUUGGGAAGACUGAGAAUAAAUAAUUCUCUUCGCCUCACCAUCGUUCGCUAAUCUCUCUCGGCCACGGAGUGGCGAUUCAUUAGAAAAUAGGGACUGGUCCUGUUUCUGCUUGUGUGUUUUUUGCCCAUUACAUUAGCAUCCUUGAUGUCAGACUAGAACGUUAUCUUGGCGGAAAAAAAAAGCUUUUUAAUUUAAUUUUUUUUCGGUGGAUGUGUUAAUAUGGAGAAUGUGGAGAAAGAGUGUGGAGCUCUGGGUGGGCUUUUUCAGGCUAUCGUCAAUGAUAUGAAGAGCUCCUACCCAAUCUGGGAAGACUUCAAUGCCAAGGCCACCAAACUGCAUUCUCAGCUGAGGACCACAGUGCUGGCUGCUGUGGCUUUCCUGGAUGCCUUUCAGAAAGUGGCGGACAUGGCGACCAACACCAGAGGCGCCACCAGAGAUAUCGGUUCAGCUCUGACCCGGAUGUGCAUGAGGCAUCGCAGUAUCGAGGCAAAACUGCGGCACUUCACCAAUGCCCUGAUGGAGAGUCUCAUCACACCACUGCAGGACCGCAUUGAGGACUGGAAGAAGACCGCCACUCAGCUUGACAAGGACCAUGCGAAAGAGUACAAACGUGCCCGUCACGAAAUCAAGAAGAAAUCCUCGGACACACUGAAGCUGCAGAAGAAGGCCAGGAAAGGUAAGGGUGACCUGCAGCCCCAGCUGGACAGUGCCCUGCAGGAUGUCAAUGACAUGUACCUGCUGCUGGAGGAGACAGAGAAGCAGGCGGUCAGAAGGGUUCUGGUGGAGGAGCGCGGAAGGUUCUGCACCUUCAUCGGCUUCCUGCAGCCAGUCGUGAACGGAGAGAUCGCCAUGCUGGGAGAGAUCACUCACCUCCAGGCCAUAAUUGAUGACCUCACUGUCCUGACCGCCGACCCUCACAAACUGCCCCCGGCCAGUGAGCAGGUGAUCAUGGACCUAAAGGGCUCGGACUACAGCUGGUCCUAUCAGACCCCUCCCUCAUCACCUAGCAGCUCUGGCUCCAGGAAAUCCAGCAUGUGCAGCAGUGUAAACAGCACCCACAGUAGUGCGUCUCGCUCCUCCAGUGGCUCUCAGACUCACUCACCCAGUUCGUCCUAUCGAUACCGCAGCCUGGCCCAUCCCCCGCCUGGUGGGACCCAGCGACUCAGCAGCGUCUCCUCUCAUGACUCGGGCUUCAUCUCGCAGGAUGCCGCCAUCUACUCUAAGCCGCCCUCGCCCAUGCCCUCUGACAUCACAAGCCAGAAGUCAUCGAGCUCUGCCUCUUCUGAAGCCUCGGAGACCUGUCAGUCAGUGAGCGAGUGCAGCUCUCCCACCUCGUUCGGCUCGUCCUUCGCUACCUUCCGCCCUGCUCUCUCUCUCACUGGCUCCAUCCGGCCUCUCUCUGUCAUUCUUCCUGUGCCCCCACCCCAUAAUCGCCCCCCCGGAACCGACACUUACACUCCCUCAUCAAUGGUUCUUUGCUGGAAGGAUUGGUCCAAGCCGGGCCCUUAUGACCAGCCAAUGGUCAGCACGUUACAGCGGAGGAAGGAGCCAGCCGAGCGACACAGAGAAUCUGAGCUGGCCCCUCCCCACCAGGUGUACCCUGGGAUACACCCAGAGGACGCCCAGAGGCUCAGGAUGACCCCAGCCACCAUCGCUGCCAAGCACGGUGAGGAGGUGUCCCCAGCUGCCAGUGAUCUGGCCAUGGUCUUGACUCGUGGGCUCAGCAUGGAGCACCAGAAGAGCAGCCGUGACUCCCUGCAGUACUCCAGCGGCUACAGCACCCAGACCACCACCCCCUCCUGCUCCGAGGACACCAUCCCCUCGCAAGUUUCGGAUUACGACUGCUACUCAGUGAACGGGGACGUGGAGGGGGAGGUGCAGAGCGAGUUCGACAGGUCCUCCACCAUCCCCCGCAACAGCAACAUCGCUCAGAACUACCGCCGUAUGAUCCAGACCAAGAGGCCAGCCAGCACUGCAGGCCUGCCCAGCGGAGCCGCCGGCCAGGGUGGGCAUCCGGGAGGGGGAGGGGGUGGAUUGACCCCGGGGGUGGCCACCAUCCGCCGCACCCCCUCCACCAAACCCUCUGUGAGGCGCACCCUGUCCAAUGCUGGACCCAUACCCAUCCGCCCACCCAUAGUGCCGGUCAAGCCCCCCAUGGUGCCCGAUUCCUCGGGCUACACAGGCCCUCCAGUGAGGGUCGGCAGCGAGGAAUGUGUUUUCUACUCCGACGAAACGUCGCCCAACGCUAUGGAUUUUGUCAAGGCCUCUCCCAAGCGCCUCAGCCUCCCCAACACAGCCUGGGGCUCUGGCGCGGGGCUGGAGAUGAGUGUCUACGCCCAGCCUCCCCCUCCCAUAGUCCUGACCUCCGAAGAGGACCAGUUGCUCGCCGCUAACCGCCACAGUCUGGUGGAGAAGAUUGGAGAACUGGUGGCCAGCGCCCAUGCCCUGGGGGAGGGCCAGUUCCCCUUCCCCUCCCUCCCCGGAGAUGACCUCAUGGCCCCGCCCCCGGGCCCCGUCAUGGCAGAGGAGCCGGCCUCCGGCGGAGACAUGCUGGUGGCGAUUCGGAGGGGCGUGCGGCUGCGCAAGACGCUCACCAAUGACAGGUCAGCGCCCAGGAUUUUGUGAUGACCGCGGCCCGCACACACAAUUCACACUUCACAGACUCAUCAAGUACAAAAAAAAUGAAAAAUAAAUGAGUACAUAAAAUAAAAUAAAAAAAUAAAUAAAUGAAUAAAAAAAUAAUUAAAUAAAGAAAUAAAUAAAAAAAGACCUGGGCCGCUACCUUAGCGUGUACGGACGCAUGUUUUACCGUUUCUAAUUUACGCCACCACCAGAUGUUUUGACUGUAUCGAGGCACUGAGAUACUGUGGGGGAGCCUGGUUUCUACUUACAGCCCUCAACCACCCCACCAACCCAAGCCCAGACAGCCUGGGAGGGGUCCAGGCAGAGGGACUGAUCACUGAGAUCAUUGCCUGCCAUUUUUCAACGCUCCUCUCCACCCUUAUGGACUUCACAUUGUAGGCUUGUUUCUAUGGUAACACUCUCCUUGUCUCUCUGUCUUUCUGUCUGUCUGUGUAGCUGGCUGGCUCAAAGGUGUGGAACAGUCUUGUGUUGUGGGUUUUUUUUUUCUUAAAGAUUAAAAAAAAACCAUCAUGCAACAUUUAAACAUGUCCAUCCAUAACAAUCAACAAAUCAUUGUAACAUUAACAGAAACAUUUCUGUGCAAAAUGCUGUUUUUUUCACGAUAUGUAUUUAAACACACCAAGUGUUUGUUUACUACAAAUUGGAUACAGGUAUGACUGUAGUAUGAGUAAGGGAACAGCACUUCAUUUGUAACAGGCUGUAGUUCAUAUAUCUACCACCAGGUUUCAGUGUAGCAUAAGCAAUAAAAUCACCCACACAGGAAUAACAAUAGAGAGGGGGAUUAAUACCAUGGUACACCAAAAUGUGUCACUAUCCUUUAAGAAUGAGAUGUGUGUCACCUUGUGGGACCUUCCCUCGCUAGAUAGUGUGAUAGACGCAUGAAUGAAUACAUGAAAAUAUGUUGGCAGUGAUUUGCAGCGGGACAUUGUGUUGGAAAGUUUAAGGUGAGUGUGUGAGAGAGAGCAGGAUGUGAAGGAAAGAGUCACGAUGAGGAGAUGCAGGAAGUCAGGCAGAGAGGGAGUUGUCUGAAUGGUGGGCAGGCUGGUGUGCUGCUGUGCGAUCAAGGCGUGGUUUUAAACAUAGCCUGGGAAUCUGUAAAGUGCAAUAGAAUAACAAAAAUGGAAUAACAAUUGCUGUUCAGUGUAUCUUCUGUAUAUAACUUAAAGAAAACUCCAUGGCUCUGCAUCUUAAAAUUAUGGUACCAGUAGUGCUUACAUUGACUUUUGAUUGGGGUUUCAGGGAUAAAGAAGACCAAAAUAUGUUUUCUUUAAGGUGUGGUCUACCCUCAUAUAUGAUUUGUGAAAUCGAAGUUAUUAAACCAUAUAGAGUAAUUGAAGCACUUUUAUCAAAUUUCAUUUGCCCAUGUGUGGGUUUUUUUUUUUAACAAAUUGUUAGUGGUUUUAUUAAAAAUUAUAUUUUGAACCGUCUGAAACUAGGAAUAAAGUGUGUGUUACUUGUGUAUAGAGAAGAUGGCCCGGUGAAGCAGUGUAGUGCUUUGGACUGUGAUUAGGGGAUAUCAGGUUAACUGGGAGCACAGUGACCUCAGGAAUGAGUGAGUGCUCCGCUCUGUGGAGAGUGUGGAGGGGAGGAGGGUAAAGGAGGCACAAGCUGGAAUGCUUCCUACUGUAACAGUGGGAGCUGGCCAUGUGUCAGCCAUGCCAUGUCCUGUUCUGAAACAUUCAAAGAACAAUAGAAAUCUAAAUAUACAGCCGAUUCAUGUCUUUAACUCUGAUUAGUAUAACACAUAAGCUGAUUGAUAAAUAAAGAAUACACUGUACCGUUACGGAAAUAGCUUAACUGAUAAUCCGAUAAUAACCUGCAGGAGACCAUGUCAGAAGAGGGCACAUUAAACAUAUCUCUAACCUCUGGAACAGUAAGUAAUAUCCUUGGGUAAAAGGGGGGGGGGGGUUGGGGCUGGGGGGGAGCUUCAUUGACCACAUCACAUUUCAGUCUCUCCCACCCUCACCAGCUGCCAGCAGUCUCUCAUCUGUAGUUAUAAAGUAAAGCACAGGUCAUAACCUUGUAUAUAAAUGAAGAAAGUGAACACCAAUUGUAUAAGUCGCAUUGCAAAAAAUAUUGUCUAGAAGUAAUGAACAAAAAAAAGCAAAAGUCAAGUCUUAAGGGGAGCACAGAGAAAUGUGUUUUUAGCUGAAGUGAGUGAAGUAAUAAUAAUACAGUAGUAAUAAUAAUAGUACUACAACUGUUGUAUAUUUUUCAUAUAUGAAUUUCUGUUAAAGAUGUAUUGCAGGUGAAACUGUACAGUGUAAGCUGAUAUGUUCCAGGUCUGGGAAGGCUGAUACACAGGAGAUCACAGGUUUACUUCUAGAUUUAUAGCACCACUAUCAUAAAUAUAGCAGCGCUAUAAUGCCGUAAUGUAACAGGUCUCUAUAGAGAACAACAUGGCAUAGCGGUGCUCUAAUUUUGGUUUAACCCAGUCGUAACUCAGCCUUGUCAAGAGAUACAAAUGCAAUGGGGGUUGAUCUGAUAAGUUCCCAAAUCAAGUUCCAUGUUAAUGUUACACCCUAUCAUAAGUUCUAUAUAUAUAAUAUAUACACACACACACACACAUACACACACACUGCUGUGCAAAAGUCUUAAACAUGUUGCAUUUUUCUACACUGAUGCAUUAUGAGCAUCAACAAUUUACCCACAGCCUCAACUAGUGUUUUCUACUACAGGAAAAACAUUGAGUGAAAUAGCUUGCAUCACUCAUUUUUCAAGGUGUGGUAUCUGAAGCAUAAUCAACAAGUACAGAGAAACAUCAUCUGUAAUUGACAAACCCAGGACUGGAAGACCCAAAAAGCUGUCUAACAAGGAUGAGCAAUACUUGAAGAUAAUAUCCUUAAGGAAUAGAAAGAAGACAAGCGUUGAAUUGACAACAGAACUGGCAGAAGGCACAGGUGUCGUCCAUCCAUCAACAGUCCAAAGCACCGUUGACCAUUGUUCCAUAGUCCAAUUGCUGUGUUUUUGUGCAUAUUUUAGCCUUUUAGUCGUGUUCCCCUUUCUUAACAGAGGUAUUCUUACUGCAACACAUCCUUUAAGUCCUGAUUUCAAGAGUGACUUUCGUACUGUUGAUUUGAUGGACAACGACACCUGUGCCUUCUGCCAGUUCUGAUGUCAAUUCAGUGCUUGGCCAGGGAUGAGAACAAGGUUGUGCAGGGACAUCUUUCCAAUUAAUAUUGGGAGGCCAUGUAGAAAUAUGGAAGGUAUCCCUAGUAAAAGUAGCUGGGCAUCCAUGUAACGAAUAACGGUGCAUAAUGCAUUAUCCAGUACUUUGUUUUGCAGAUUUUGAUAUGGAUGUCCUGUGUGCAUUAUGAGUGGUAACUGCUUGUUUAGUCCAGAUUUUACUGAGAGUUUAAGAAGGUUUGUGCUGUAGCUCCCCGGACUGCCAUUCCAGAUCAAUGAUUUGAAGUUUGUUUAAUCUGGUUCGUGUCUGAUGUCCUGCGGUCUUAAGAUUGUGGCUGGAGGUGCUAUUAUAGUUUACGUCUCAAGCCUUGACAUGAUUGUUUGUAUUCAUUCUGUACUCAGGUAAACGCUAGACUUUUUGUCUAUAAAUAAGGUUAUAAUUCUAUAGGUGGAAAGCCAGACACUGUUAAUAGUUUUAGAAGUGAAAAAAAAACAAAAAACAUGGAACUUGCUUAAGGGUACUAGGGGUAAAAAAAAAAUGCUGUAUAUAUUUCCUGGAAUGAACGUUUCAAAAUAUUAUUAAACCGUCUUUCCAGAUUCAAAUUUCUAGAAUGUCAAAAGCAAGGGUCAAAAGAAUGUACAAUGUUUCUUUUUGAUGUCUUAAAAGAUUUGGUGUGAUUUGUGAAUUUACUUCUAUGCUACAUAAGUUACUGGCAUAAAUUUGACACAUUAUUUAAAAAGAAAAGAAAAUGCAUAGAAAUGAAGCUCCUGUUUCAGUCUCUUGUAAGUUUUAUUCUUCUCACUUAAGCCUUUGCCUCUUCUGAGUUUCCGGGAGUCACAGAAUUAUUUUUGUGUUUACAAAAUAAAAUGCUUUCACUGCCUUGCAGCCUGCAGUUACAUUUUCCUGCCUUGUCAUAUUGUAAAUAGCACAGAUUCUAAUUACCAUUGCUAGUGCAUUGCCGUGUCCACACAUAUAUAACGAGCACAUGUGACCACAUCCUGUUGUUAAAAGGCGGGAGGCUCCUCCUCUUGUUACAUCACUGUAAUGUAUGGCUCCAGCUUGUUAAACACUGUUUUUGUAUAAAUGUAGGUUUCAUGAAGUUCAGUUUAACAAAAAGCUUCUUCACAGUGGUUUAUCCAGACAUGUAAAUACAUGAAAAUAAAUAAAUACAUUGAAACCCAGAAAUGAUCUGUAGCUGUCUAGACGUGCACUAAACCUUAGGGCCAACACUAACAAUUUCAAAUCUAUACAAACAAACAAGUUGUGUUAACACUUUACAAUGGUGGGAAUCCCGUUGUUAUUCAGAAUGUAAUACGAACAGCCUUAUUCUAACCUUUGUUCAUAUAUACAGUACUGUUCUUUGAUUUAACUAAAUCCAAUCAAAGCAAGAAAUAUUAUCUUCUUUUGUUGUUGUGGUUGUUGCAAUUUUUCUUAUUUAAAACCUUUUUGAAGGUUGCUUCAGUGUACAAUUACUAGAUAUGUUACUAAUGAGGUUGCCAAAGGUAGUCAAUGGGUACUUGUUGAUUAGUUUCUUGUAUGUUUGGUUGAUCCCUGUGGUACCCCCAUAACCUCACUACUGAAAACAAGCUAAAAACACAGUCUCCAAACUUGACAUUUGCCAUGUUUAAAAUAAAAAAAGUAUUCUUAUUAUUAUUAUUAUUAUUAUUAUUAUUAUUAUUAUUAUUAUUAUUAUUAAUAAUACAUUUUUUUAUUAUCGUGAAGAGAUAUGAUGUGUGCAUUGUUUUUGUACAAAAAAGUGUAUCAUUUCUGGUGCUGUUGUUUUCUAGCAUUUCUCCUCAUUUUGUUUUAUUUAUUGUUUUGUUUUUCCAAGGCUUUCCCCUCAAGUAAAAGUUUUUCUUUUGUAGUAUUUAUCCUUUUAAUUUGUUAACUUUAUUCACUGCUAACGUAACACAAUGCACGGUGGUGAUUCCAGUAUUAAUAAACGUUAGACUGAAUUAAA